CUUUGUAAACAGAUCUAAUGGCAGGUUGUGGUUUAUGAAAGGCAGAAAUGGGCCUUCCCGCUUCUAAGAGGUGGUUCCUACGGACAGCUUUCGUGUUCUUCCAGAUCUGCUUUGGAGGAGUUGAAGCAUCGAUUUUUGUUGCAGGUUCUGAAUAUGGCGGAUCUUUGGAACCUCUUGCAGCAUCAUCAACAAGGUUUUUCUCGGCAGUUGACAAAUUAUUACAGCGUCACAUACUUGGAAACCUGCCAAAAACCGAAACUAACCAGAUCAAAGAUAUAUAUAGAAAUGGAAUUAAAAUAAACUUGGGAAAUGCAGAAAGGUUUUGGAUGCCAGAUGGAGAUUCUGUGGAGAAAAGGGGAGGUCGUGUGAGAAGAUCAUAUGUAGCUAGAUAUCCAUCAGUAGAUAAAUAUGACCUUACUGCACCAGUCCCUAUUGAUUACAUACUUGUUGUGGAUCUGGGUAUUCAAGUUAAAGAUUUGAAUGAAACAGCAUUGCGAUGGCUGGAGAUUGCAUUCGCAACAAACCUAAGCCUGCCAUUAGAAAAUGUGGUCACUCAGAAAGUUGGAUACCAUGGAAAUACAGUUGAGAUGUUUUUCGUCAGAUAUGGGCGUCCAGUGACCACAUUUAGUAUUGAAGAUUUGAUCCCAGUCAAAGAAAUCGUCAGUCUCAAGCUGUUGCACACACUUCAACAGACCCUGCCAUUCUUAAACAUUACCAAUAUAAGACCACAAGUGUUUAUACCUACAAUUAAUUUGCAAGCAAUAUUAGUUACUAAUGAAGAAAGUGAACCAUUGUCUUCUUGGUUUGUGAGUUACUUCCCUUACAUAGCUGCAGCUUGCUGUGUAUGCAUCAUACUGAUGACAACAGUGCUGGUAUACUGCUGCUGCUGUAAAAAGAAGAAAGAACCUGAAAAUGACAAAGGAUCACAGAAACUGCAACAGAUUUAUUUUCCUUCAGUCAAACCUGACAUGAAAGAUCCUAAAAUGAUACAACCUGGAGGCAGUCCCCUCUACACACCACCAGGGUCAAUUACUCCAGUACAAACCCCAACUGGUAGAAUCAAGGCUAAGGGACUCUUAGAAAGGCGAGGAUCCAAUGCUUCCUUAACCAUUGACUUAAAUGCUUCACCUGAAAGUGGUCGUUGGGAUGGAACUCCACCCAAAGAAAGUACUGGAGUAGAGUAUUUAAUGACUGCUGGUCAUAGACUUAGCAGACAAGAUUUGAAAAAUGCUGUCCGAAAUAACAGAGCUUUGCAUCAAGAAUUCUGGGAAAUCUUUACAAACCACCCAGAGAAGGUCUCUGUUGCUGGUUCUGGUAUGAAAAACAGAUACAGAAGUAUGAUACCAAAUGAACACAGUAGAGUUAUACUACCAGACAGUGAAUGGGAUCCACUCUCAUCAUAUAUCAAUGCAAAUUAUAUCAGGGGAUAUGAAUGUGAACCACACACCUACAUUGCUACACAAGGCCCAAUGUCACAUACCAUUGUAGAUUUCUGGAGGAUGAUUUGGUAUGAAAAGUCACCAAUCAUAGUAAUGAUUACAAAACUUAAAGAAAACAAUAAUAUUAAAUGCGAGAACUAUUUACCAGAGGACAAUAGUUCCUGUACAUUUGGUGAUAUUGAAGUAAAGGUUGAGAAAGUGAAAGUAAAGCAGGGAUACACAGUUAGAUAUUUAUCAUUAAAGUGUGAUGGAGAAAUUAUACAUGUAUUACAUUACUGGUACACAGCAUGGCCUGAUCAUAAACCACCACAGUCAGCUAAAAUGCUGUUAGAACUUGUUAAAGAUGUAGAAAAUAAAAGAUUAAAAUUACAACCCAGUAAAGGACCAGUUGUGGUACAUUGUAGUGCUGGCAUAGGAAGAACAGGAUGUUUUAUAGCUAUAACCGUUGGAAUGAGACAACUUAAGGAAGAGCACUCUGUAGAUAUACUGGGGAUUGUCUGUCACAUGAGAAUAGAUCGAGGUGGGACAAUUCAGACACAUGAACAAUAUGAGUUUAUACACCAGGCCUUAUGUGAAUAUGAAAAAGAAUUAGCUGAACCAGAGCAGACGACAGUGAAUGGUUUCCCUGGUGAUUAACAACAGAUCAGCAGUCAGACAUCAUACACAUCACACAAUCUAAAUACUUAUUUUAGUUCAUCAAGGCCAACAACAUAGAAUGUUUAAAUGGCACAAUGUUAUGUUUUGAAAAUUCUAUCUUUAAGUUUAUAUGAAAAUUUCAAAGAAGUUUGAAACUGGUUUUGUUUAAAAGAUAACUACAAUAUGUAACAUCACUAAAUAUAAGCCUUGCUUAAACAUCUAGAAGUUUUGUUUACAAACAUUUUGUUAUUUUAUAUUAUUUUGCAUAUCAAUAGGUUGAAAUGGAAAGUUGUAUAUAGUAGUAAAACCUGACUAUAAAGGCAGGUUAUAGGACAGUGACUGAUAAAAAUUUUGUGCAAUUGAUAGUAACUUAUUACCUCGUUUUGUUCACCUAUAAGUGAAUGGUAUUUUAAGUGAGAUUAUUUUGAGGCCCCACCUACAAUAGUAGAGGGGUAUUUUGUUUUCUGGUCUUUGCGUCUAACAAUGCUGUAUCAGGUUAAAGUUUUAGUUCAGGGUAGUUUGUGGUCACUUAGUCUGUGGUCACAUCAAUUUGAAACAUUAAAUUUACACAGUUAAUUAUGAACUGUUCAAUAAAAAAACAAAACAAAUUAGAGUGUUUCCAAACAUUUUGUGGUUCACUGAACAUGAAAUUGUGAUAGUUUGAGGGGGCAUGGUGACCAAUGAGCACAUAUUCUUGUUUACUAUGUUAUAAUGGCAAAAUGAGUAUCACUGUUAUUAAGUGUUUUAACUUGAUAGAAUGGAUAUUUAUUGUCAAAGGUGUCAGAUGCUUGAUGAUAUAAGAUGGAAAGUAUAAAUUUAAAAAAAAGUUGUUGAUAAUAAAGAGGUUGGAAUUUUAGCAUUUAAGUAAAGUGUUCCAUUGAAUUCUAACUCAAUUUUAGGAGUCGAUCAGGUUAUAUUGAUAUUUAUCUCAAUCUUGAUUUUAUUAAGAAAAUUUCUUGGUUUAAAGAGGUCAAUGUUGUACCAAAAAAACUCUACUAUCAUGAACACGUUCAUGAAUUAAAUAUAUUUUUUUUGUAUAUUUUUUGCAAGAUGUGCUUUCAGUUAUUUCCAUGACUUACUUAUGAUUGUAAGCUUCAUUAAUCAUGUGACCAGAAAUGUGAGGUAAAAGAUAUCACAUGUCAAACAUGUGACUGUGUACAUGUUUGUUAAUGAUACCUGUGAUAUGUACAGUUUUUAUCCCUUUGUUUAUGUGAAGAAUGUGCUGUACAAUAUAUUUGUGUUUUUGUAUGCCUGUUAUUAAUGUUGCAAUUUAUAAAGAUUUUUUUUUCUAUUUUAGAAAAUCAUAUUACACCAUUCUGUAAAUGGUUUAAUUUAAAACUGCAAUCUGUUUUAUUUUUGUUGUCAUUGUUGAAGAGAUACUUCCAAUUUGUUUAAACAUUUUCUUAAGGACCUAUUAUUUUGAAAAAGACAUAGUUGAAUUAAGGGAAAUAAAAUUUUAAACUAGAUGAUAUAUUAUCACAUUGAAAUCUAGCAAAUAAUCUAUUUUCAUUUAUGAGAAAAUGUGUUUGAAAGUUAUAAAAUAUGUAUUCCACACUUGAAUUUGAUUUUGUGUAAAAGCCUUCAGAUUUAUAAAUAUUUGAUGGUAUAAUUCUUACAUGUAACAUGUUGUAAAUAAUCAUAAACUUCAUUCAACCAAUACUAUAGUGCUAAUAUUACAUGUUUCUUGUGUCUGUACUUAUACUAUUAUUAUAUAUUUCUAUAAUGUACUAAUAGUUUAAAAUUCACAGAGUGUGCUGAUCCUUUGAGUACAUUUGGAAAUAUGUUAUUAAAGGCAAGGAGUGAUUUGUCUGAACUAAACAAGGCUAUUUCUUACACUUAUUUUAAAUAAACUCAUCAUAGAUACAUGUACCAGCAUUACAUUUUGUAUCCACUGUAUGAUUUAUAGGUUAAUUUGGGGUCCUCUAAGACAAAGCAUCUUAUUUGUUGCUUUAAGUAAUUUCAUUUGUAUUCAUGAAAUCUUCAAUCUGAUCUUCCCCAUAGUCUUUUUGAAUAAAUAAAUCAAAAAUGUCAAAACCAUCUGUGACCAACAUUUCCUUACAAGACUGAUGUAAUUUUUAAAAUAAUUUAAAUUAUUGCUACUUAGAUUUAAUUUUAUGUCAGUGAAUUAUUUUAAUUUCAGACUAAACUCAAUUUCAGCUAUAUAAUAUUAAUAUUUUGUAACAAUUUGUUAUGUAGAUAUUAUACAAUUACUGUCUUUUGAUGAGGUAAAUAUGUGGUUUUAUUCACUUUGUAAAAACUGAUAUUCACUGAGGCGAACGGCCGAAGUGAAUAUCAGUUUUUCAAAAGUCAAUAAAACCACAUAUUUACCGAAACAAAAGACAGUAAUUGUGUUUUUCUAUAUUCCGAGAGAAAUGUAUGCAUAGGAAAAUAUUUACCAAAAUCAAAUGUACAUCAAACGUUUUUUUACCUAAAUUAUACACGUAAAAGCACGCGACGUUUUGCUCAGUGAAUAUGCUUAUUUAUUCAAAGUCCCAUUCGUAUAGAAAAACCUACUUAAGUUUUAGCAAUAUGGAAUAAUAGUAGUUUCCUAUCAAGAUUAAUUAUUGAAUACUUUCAGAUGAAAAUUAUUUUGUGAAACUUCAUUCAAAAGAAUUGUUGAUUUGCUUUAUAACGCUCAGAUAUGGUUUAAUGGGAUGGUUUACUUUGUAAGUCACUGCAUUUAGCAAACAGCCAAAGAAAGGCAUAGACAUAAAAGUUGGACAUGAUUAAACGAUAUUGUUUUAAUUAAAUAUUGAGAUUUGUGGUCUAUUUAUUUAUAUUUAUUAUAAUGUCCAUGAUGGACACUCUAAAUUUCAUCGUAUUAUAUAUAUACUGGAAUCUCCAGGCUCAUUAGUUGAUCUAAAAAAUCAUUCCAUAAUAAUCACAUUUAUACUACAAGCUGGUCUUGUAGCUCGUUGUAUUUUUAGUUUGAUCUCUUUAACGGCCCCAAUGAAGUCAUGUCUCAGUUAUUAUAUAUUUUUGCUGCUUUAACCAUAUCAAUAACCGAUUCAAGAUUAGGAAGCCCAAUAAAACCUGCAGAUAUUUGAAUUGAUUUUGGACAUAUAAAAUUGUAAAACAUUUUUUUUCCCCACCUAUAUAACCCAAAUUUAUAAAAAAAAAAAAAAAAUCAAGGAAACAAAAAACUGCAUCUUUCUCCCUUAAAAUAUGUGAUGUACAUUUAAAAACACUAUUUCAAACAAAUUGAAUUAGAAUGUGCUAUUAGGACAACAAUAAAAAGAACCUUCAAACAAGUUAAAUUAGAUUUCAAUAUCAAGAUGAGAUAUUAAUUAUAAGGAUGAAGAUUUCAAAGGCCAGAACUUUAACUUGUAUCAGGGAUUUACAUCAUUAUCUAGUCUAAACUAUUAUUUUUCAUUCUAUAAUUUCAUCUGUAGAAUAGCUCAUCUGACCAUUGAAUGUUUAUUUAGAUAUGAUGCUAUACACAGAUGAGAGUUAUUGUUAAAUGUAGAGUACUACUAGUAGUGAAAUUCCUAUGUCCUGAAUUUACACACAAGAAUCUCGUAAAAUGUUCCUACUUUCAUUUUGAAAGCUUGACUUCCUUUACAUUUCAAACAUUGAUUUUGUAUUUACUGUUUGAAAACUAUGGCUAUUUUCUGGAAGCUUUUGUAAAACAAUUUGCAUAUUUUAAUGUUACAGUUCAUCUUCUGUCUUGUUAAAUCUUAGUAUAAAUCUUAUACCCUACACAAAGUAAUGUCAUUGUUUUUUUCCUGUAUCUGUAAGAAAGAGUGAUGUAUGUGCAUUCCAAAUUUGCUUUCAGACCAAUAUUUUCUUUCUAGUAUUUCUUGUUCGAUUUUACCUUAAUGGUUUUGCAUUUUAUUUCAAAUGCUUAAUGCACUAAUUGAAAUUUAAAGAUAUUAUAUUAAUUCCUUUUGAAAUUAUUAUUAAUUCUCACCCUGUUUUGUAUUGCUGAUAAGGACAGAUAUUCCUGUCUUGCCCAACCGCCUGGGUAAAAACACAUAUCUGCAUUUUUCUAUCAACAUUUGAAGGGUUUUGAAUUCAACUUGUUCAUUACAAUAUUAAUGCAAAUUAAAAAUAAAUCAACUACUAGACAUCCUUUGGUAAGGAGUUAAACACUUAGUCUACCUUAACAAUUGUUAUCUUUUGAUCUGUAAGGUUAUAUUUUACCAAAUCUUGAAAACUGGUACAGUUGAUAUGUCAGCUGUACUUCUUUUCUAAGUCGAUAUAUUACUGAAUCAAAGUUUAGCUACAUUUUGAUAUAAUUUAAUGCCUUUAUGUUUGUAAGCUUUAAAUAUGUAUAAUUAAUCAUCAAAGGAAUAAUACAAUGAAGGGAAUGCAAAACAUUUAAUAUUAGAUACCCGUCUUAAUUUUUUUAUGGUACUCAUUUUUAACUGUAACUAUAGAAAAGUGAUCGUCAAGGCUGACUGAUUAUAAAACUGAUUUUGACAAUCAUGUGAUAUUGCAAAGUGGGUAAAAGUUCAAUUAACAUUUAUUUUCAAAAAGUUUGAGUUGUCAGUGUUUUUUUUCCCUUCAUUAAUCUUUAUAAGAUUUGCUUUUAGAAGACAAAAACAAUCAAUUAUAUUUAAAUUCCUCUUAUAUAUAUAUGAUUUAUUCAAAUAAUUUACAAAAAGUAACUUUAUGGUAAGUAUACAGCAGCUGACAGUAUUGAUGUAGUUUACUUAAAACUAGACCUUCCAUCAUAAAAGAAUCUUUGAGAAAUCGAUCACUGUAUCAUUCCUUUGUACAUCCCUGUGAUACCGGAGUUGGUACUACAUCAUUUACACCUUACUGUUGUAUUGUAUUGUUGUUAUUUUGUGCAAUAAAAUAACCUCUCAUUUAA